UUGUUCAGUAAUAACGUAUGUCCUGUAUGCCACCGUCGCUUCGACAAAGGGAAGCAACUGUAUGGACACUUGUUCCAAAACCAUGGGUUCACCAAACAGGAUCUGGAGAAUUAUAAAGCAGAGAGGCAAAUGAAGAUGAAGCCACAGGCUUCCAACCUUUUCAACUGCGCCAAGUGUGACGCAAAAUUCACAAGAGCUGAUGCGUUACGACGUCAUGGUCGAAGAAAACACAUGGAUACGUAUGCUUACCGCAUAACAUGUUGUUUAUGCGAUGCAAAAGUGGCGAAUCAUCGCCAGCUAGUAGCACAUGCUCACAUAGAGCAUGCUAUAGAUGACGAUGACUAUUCCGUUCACAAAAUCACAUUCAGCAACGUCAGUGCUUACAAGGUUGAAGAGUUUCUAGUCUUGUUUUGA